AUCGAAUCAUUCGAUGACCAAUCGCAUGAUCAAUCGAAUCGAAUCGAAUCACCAAGCAAAGUCUCCCAGCUCGAGCCACAUGUACUACCUGUAGUAGUUGCACCACAGCCGGGAGUACUACGUAGCCUCCUUGCUUUGCUUCUGCUUGCUUGGCAGUGCUGCUGGAGGCCCGUCUGUGAUACGUGGUGCUAGCUGUAUGUGUAGAUUGGAGCCUUCCUGUUUUGUCACACAAGUAUUGCCGUCCUGUAGGUACUCUACGUAGGCGCAUGAAUCGAACAAGAUUGACUUCGUGUUAGGUCGUGGAGACUCGAAUGACUCUGACUCUACUCCCAUACGGUGUCUCGCUAUUUUAGUUAGGCCGUUCAGGUGGUGCCUGGUUAUGGGCUCCUGGGUGUAGGAUCGGGUCUACCGGUAGGUCUUGCCCCCCCCCCCCAAUGGAAUCAUAAUUCAUAUAGCUUUCGCUCCAAGUUCAAUGCUGGCUUUCUUUGCUACGGUAUUGCUUGCAAGUUGCGCAGGUCUUUGGGGCGAAAAAGGCAACUUCGUUAGAGCUAGAGCUACCGGGGGUGGAGAAAAUCAAUGCCAUCCCAUGCUCACCAGUGCUUGCCAACCAGCCACUGUUUCGCAAAACAGUUGCCGCUUUCACCACUGCCGACCAGGUACCACUCCAAUGUCUUGGUCAAAGUUUGCUUCAGUCAACCUGAGCAGAUGCAACUUGCCGGUGGCAUUCAUAAUCAUGCAUGCAGGUCUGUUCUGGUGCUUGGGAAUGUAUGUAUGACUUGUUCAUGUGAUGCUGAUUUGGCUCGGCCCGGGCCGUCAGCCUUUCGCUCGAGGGCUCGAGGGGGCGUUGGUACGGUCGUAUCCAUCUAGCAUAACUGGAGAAGUACCACCGUACGACUGUAGUCCAUGAAGAGCUCCAUGAAGUCUCUACACUGUUUGGCUCUUCCGAUCCAAGAAAUAUUAAUAGAUAGAAAGUCACGGCCCAUGAGGUCAGAAAGACUUAAAGGACCCUUCCUUUGAAAAGCAAAAAAUAAAGAGCCAGCUUCUUCAACAGGAUCGAGCAUACCUGGUACAUCCUUUUUGGUCCUCCCAGCCAGAUUGAAGAUUCGCGCCGCGGUGCAGUAGCGCAUUGCCUUUUUGCAUCCGCUGCUGUCGGCUCCAAACAAACCACAUAACACAUAAUUUCACAUCGACAAACUCAAAAUGAAACUCGAAUACAAAGCACUUAUGGAUGACGAAGACUCGGCAUCCAUCACGGAUUACUCCUUUACCGACCAAGAGCAGGGACGCGAGGAGGUUCCUACCACAUCAGAAGCACCAAAACGGUCCUUCACCACAACAAAUGGUCGUUUCUUUGGCUAUGCUGCCCUGCCAAUGAUGUUUUGCACCGUGGCUAUGGAUGGAUUAUCGUUGGUUACCUUCUUGUGUGGAUUUGGGUGGAGCAAAACGCCCGUGCUCUACGCUCUGGGCAUCCGAGCACCACUGGAACGGCCCCCAAAGCUGAACAUGGUCUUAAACAUUCAUGCCUUUGCAGCCUUGCUUCUUGUAACUCUCGCCACUUUUCAAGUGAUUUCAGCUGUGCGCUUCCACACUACAAAUCAGAUUCGAAUGCUCAAGGCAGCCCAUCGAUUCAUUGGUCGGGUGGCGUCCCUUUUUUGGAUAGGAACGGUCUGUACUGGUAUUGCGAUGGUUGUCGGGAAGGCCGUUACCAAGUACACUGCCCACCCGGAACACGGAAUCAUUCAGAUAGGCGUUGCCGACUGGGUGCUACUCAUUAGUGGCAAUGGUAGCCUUCUGAACAUGGGUAUUGCCAUUUAUGCGGUGGCCGGUUCGAAGCGCGACCUCUUUGUUCACAAAUGUGGCAUGUUCUUUGCCCUCAUGUUCCCACUGACGGUCAGCGCUGGAUUUCUUAACGUUUCCAUUUUGCAGCUAUUCAAUCCGCACUGUGCUGUCACGGACAUCGGUGGCGCGUUUUCUAUUGCUGGUGGAGAAGUGUUGCAAUUGCUAGGAUUCGCUGUGUCGGCUUGGUGGUGGGAUCGAGCCAUCUUUCAGAGCAACAUGGUUCGGAUCAAUGUUCUUUACUGGGCUGUCCGAUGCGUGCUGAUUACGAUUGUUGCAUGGAAUAUCUUGUCUACCAAACAUCACAAAGACGACGAGUGCUUUGCCUAAUCCCCGCACCCAUCCCCUGUCUUCCCGUUAAAUUUACGGUUCCUUUUCACCCUUUACAUUACUAAACCACACAAAACACACGACGCUUUAUUUUAUCCUCUCUAUCCUCUAACUAGUCUGUCACCAAGGAUUCAUGUUUGCCUUCCUUCUCUGUUUCUUCGCGCGGCUAUGCUUGAAACUCGUUUGUUCCGACAAGAUGGUUUUCU